GCUUUUACAAUGUUAGGACAUUAUCCAAACGCGGAAAAAUCGCAGCUGGUGAGCUAUGUGGAGGAUUACCUGGAGUGUGUCGAGUCGCUUCCUCUGGACAUUCAGAGAAAUGUUUCACUUCUGCGGGAAAUCGACACCAAAUAUCAAGAGAUCUUAAAGGAGGUAGACGAGGUGUUUGAGAAGUAUAAGAAAGAGGCGGAUGGAGCUCAGAGGAAGCGUCUCCAGAUACAGCUGCAGCGUGCCCUCAUCAGCAGCCAGGAGCUCGGCGACGAGAAGAUCCACGUGGUCACGCAGAUGAUGGAGGUGGUGGAGAACCGCUCGCGCCAGAUGGAGGCUCACUCGCCCUGCUUCCUGGACCCCAGCGAUGCUGAAAGACCGUCCGAAAAAUCUCGUCACGAGACGGGAAGCGCCGCCGCCGCUGCUAACACUGUAACGGAGCGUGCGUCAUCACGCAGGCCUCGCCGCCAUCGCAACAGCGAGAGCCGUGACUCGUGUUACAGCGCUAACGGCGCUAACGGAGUUCUGGAGGACCCGAGCGACGAACCUGCGGCUCAGCCGCCCCGCGAGAAAAAGUCCAAAUCGGCUAAGAAGAAGAAGCGCUCGAAAACCAAGUCAGAACGUGAAGUUUCUCCCACCGUGGAGUUCAACAUCGACCCCAACGAGCCGACGUACUGCCUAUGCGAGCAGGUUUCGUACGGAGAGAUGAUCGGCUGCGAUAACGAGCAGUGCCCCAUCGAGUGGUUCCACUUCUCCUGCGUCGGACUCACCUACAAACCCAAGGGCAAAUGGUAUUGUCCAAAGUGCCGAGGAGACAGUGAAAAGACCAUGGACAAAAGCACAGAGAGGCCUAAGAAGGACCGCCGGUCGAGGUAGUGCCUCAGAAACGAGUCACGUGUACGCAAGAGCGAGACGUCGAGCCUGAGCCACGCUUACGGAAUGUUCCAGACUGUUUGAGCUCCACAGAUUCACGCCGAUCUUCCUCACACACUAAACACGUCGUGCUUUAGUUUUCAACUUCAGUUUGUGUAUUUACUCAGUAACGCUCUCAGCUCACCCAUCGGUCCGAGUUCAAAUCAUCGCAACGUGCCGACCGGUCCGACUUAAAAUCGUCCUAAAGCGGUGGUUGGUUGGUGAAUGAGUGACCUGCUGAACAGCUCCUGGUUUUGACUCGGAGUGGAUCUGUGGCGCAAAAAACGAAGGCCGUGUUCCAGUUCAGACAGUGACACUCCAUCGUCCACUUCCCCUCAGCACUUGUCCUGGAGUAAACCCUGUCUGCCGUCUUCCUGAGGGCUGUUCAGUGCCGUUAACACCAUCGGUGCGAACAGACGCGCGAGUCAGCGUCGCUACAUACAUCCCAGAAUGCACUGCGGUCUGAUGUCGUUUCCUUUUAAAGCGCAUUAAAACACGUCAUAUUUCAACACUAACAUCUGUCCAGACUGCGCUUUAUUCCUUAUUUACUUCUCAUGAAGUCACCUUGAAGGAAAUGAAAAUUGGGAAGCUGAUGAGGGAAUGUUACAGAGCUGGAACCGCAGGACCAGGAACCGCAGGACCAGGAAACGCAGGACCAGGAAACGCAGGACCAGGAAACGCAGGACCAGGAAACGAGCUGCGAAAAGACUCACGGAACUGCCGUCAGUGUUUAUAAGAUAUUGAAAAGAACUUUUUUUUUUCAGACUUUAUUUUUCAUUUUAGCGUCAGUUGUGUUGUGAAAAACGGCGAUUCUAAAAACACGUACAGGAUUUGACGAUCAUCACGUCCCUGUUUUACUUUCGAUUUCCUUUGACACCAAGAUGGAGAAUUUCAAAAUGUCUUCCAGUGUGAGAGAACAGUUCUGUGUUUCUGUUGGUUUGUUGAGUCUGGUGUAAAGUUUUUUUUUUGCUUCUAGGUUUACUUUUUUUUUUUUUUUUUUUUUUUUUUUUUUUUAAAUAAAAAAAAAGUUUUGUGUAUUUAAAUAAACCUGUGAUUUCCAUCUCUGUGUGUGUGUGUGUGUGUUUGUGUGUGUGUGAGAGAGUGAGAGACAGACAGACAGACAGACAGACGGACGUCACGUUCUCGGACGUCUCACAGUUUGGUGACCUUUUCAUACCAAGUUCUGAAAUCUUUAAUCACGGUGACGCUAAAUCUGUGAACGCGUCUGAGAUCCGAGACGAAUGUUUUUUUUUUAUUGUCACGUACGGAUUUGACUUCGAUAUCUCCAUUAAACGUCUCGAGAGGCGGGAACUGAUUCCGUAACGGAAACUUAUAGGGAUGGUGUGUUGGAAGUCGGAGUGCUCGACUGAUUUACACAAGAGAUGAUGGCAUUUAUGAUACGCCAGGCGACGCCCUCGUCCGAUCUAAACAACCCUGACUGACGCCGUCGACGAGCAGUGAAGAGUUUUUUAAUGAGUCUUUUUUUUUUUUCAGCUGUGGAGGAUUUCUCACCUCUGCCUUCUCACUCAAGCUGACCGAGACGGAGAGACUCGGCGGUCCGUCCAGGAAGCUCCGCAAUAUUCGGGAGAGCUUGCAAUUUUUCAGAAGUACCGCAGAUUUGUUCCGAGACGCGUCAUGUGACGUCAUCACAACGCGCGUUCGGCCGAAGCCUUGAGUCAGGAUCGUCACCGCGAGACAUCCGACACGUCUGAGUGGUAGAUAAAAUGCUAUUGCCGUCUCUUACUGACAGAGACGGCGUAUGAAGAUGGAAGUCUCCGUCAGUCUGAGGUAGCGACGUUCCGGCACACCUCGAGUCGGGAAAAAUCCCCAAACCGCCAGCUCACCCAAACUCCGCCAUCUUCCAAAGUAAUAAACUCUAAAUUGCUACUAUAGAGCAAGACACACCCCUGGGUCGGGGCAUAUACAUUCUCGAGCACAUUUAAUCGGAUGAACGGAAGACCAGUACAGGAUGAGUCAAUUUUGAAAAAACUAACCUUUAAUCCUUUUCAUGAAGUGAUGAAGUAUAAAAUUAAAAUCUCCAACGAUGUGUAUUUUUCUUUUUUUCUACAACUCUGUCGUAUUGAUGUAACACUACGGUACAAAAAGCCCCGAAACACCGAUUUUGAUUUUAGGAAUUCUUUAAAUUUGCUUUGAGGAGUUACAGCUAAUGAAAUGCUAAAGGAACUAUUAGUGUUGAGGUCUCACUCAUGGCAAAAUAAGAACAAAGUUGGGUAAGUUAUCUUACACACACACACACACACACACACACACACACACACACACACACACUCUUAAAGAGACAGCGACAUAUGAUUUCUAAACUCUUUUUCCAAAUGCUCUACUGGGUUCAUGACCAAACAAACAAAAAAGUUGUAAGCCUUUUACUUCAAUAAUAAAAAAUAAACAAACCCGCUGAGCUUGUGAUUCUGUAAUUUGUCCUUUUGUGUAAUGUGUACUUUGAUUAGACAGUGUGUGAUUAGAUUAGUCUAUUAGCCUGAAUCUACAGUCUGGGUGAGAAAGAAUGCAGCCCCAGCCUCGCUUCUCCUGUU